AAGAAGUGAAAAAAGAAACGAAAUGAGAUAGGCGUUAUAAUUUCUCUCCUUGGAGAUUGACAUCUUUCUUCCAGCGGUUAUCCUGAGCUGUGCUAUUUUCAGCCAGUAUUUUAGUCUGACGUUGAGGUGACUGCAACAGCUUCCCAGAGUAAGGCGUGGUGAACCGCUAACCCUUCACACGCUCGCUGAAUUGUUACUGAUUAAGCGGCCGGAGUUCCACGGGAAAGCUAAGUGUACUAUGAUGCAGGGGAAACUUUGCCUUGGGAGUUCAUACGACAUGAUGCCCGGACGUUAGUAGCGGAGAGUUCAGUUAUCCUGGAACCGAUGUCCACUGGUCAUUGGCUGUGAAACAUCCAUGCCUCUGUUCAGGCUGAAAAACAUGGGCUGUCUUCAAUCGAAGAAACCCACGACGGAGGAUUUGCUUGAGAAACGUGCCAGAAAGGAGUCGAUGGUUUCGAGAAUUAUGUACGAAAACCGACCGGAUUUCAAAGAAGAGUAUAAAGUGAUUAUUUUACAGACUUGGACAAUUAUUGCAGCUGACAUUGCACGAGUUGGGGUGGUAACAUUUCUUAGGUUGUUUGAAAUGCACCCUGAUGUGCAGGAUUUGUUUCUGCCUUUCCGUGGGAUGACUCAGGAUGACCUGAAGUCGAGCGCUCGUCUCCGGGAGCACGGUCUGAGAGUGAUGGGAACGGUGGAAAAGUGCCUAGCUAGGCUGGACGACCCCCAGAAACUGGAAGAGAUGCUACACGAGCUCGGCCAAAAACACGUCAUGUUCAACACUAAAGUGGAUUAUAUUGAUCUUAUCGGGCCAACGUUUCUUAAGGUCAUACAACCGGCGCUUGGAGAUAAAUGGACUUACAAAGUGGAACAAGCCUGGGCGGAAUUUUUCAAGUUAAUAUCGCAUAUGAUGAAAGAAUCGAUGGUGUUCUGAAUACUCUGGGGAAGUUGUCUCCUGUGUGUUUUUCAUUUCUGAUGUUGAUAACAGAUUAUUGUUAUUUUUGUAUUAAAACAACAUCAGUUCACUUCGUGUCAUCGACCGCCGUGCUGGACGCCUAUCGACCCGUUGGUUCCACACACCGAUGUCACGUCUGAAAACGUACCACGACAACUGGCGUGAACAGACGAGAUAACCGGGUAUUUUGUGGCCUUCCCUAGAUGAUAUGUCUUAACAUAGCGCCAGUGUAUAGACGUAGUGGGCACACAGACCUGAGCGCAUAUUUGUUCAUUGUAUAUGUUGUGGAUGCAUAAUUUUUUUUAUUAUGACAUACGAAAACAUUGCCAACUUCGUUGUCCUGCUAUGCAUUGUGAUUUAAAUGUUUCUCCAUGAACAUUUAGGAUGUAUUGACAGAAGAUACUUUUUGUUCGUAUGAUUCGAUGGCAUUAGUAAAUGUAUGUGUGGUCUGGAUUCAAUCAGAACCAACCGACCUGAAGUAGUACCACUGGAAAUAGUCUCACCAUCAUGAUCGCGAUCUUACGCUAUCUUGGAAUCAAUGUGGAAGAAAACUUCCAUGCGUGUAAUGGUUUAAAUUGUUAGCUGAUAAAAUACAAUGGUAAAAAGUGUGAAUAAUAGCAAUCCACAUUGGAGAAAACUGACAGAUCGACGCCUUUGUCCGUGAACAAACAGCUAGUUACAAUUGAUAAUCUCAUCAGAGAUAUCAUCUGCUUGACAAAUAAAACACAACUACGUGUAAAUUUAAUCUUCCUUCGUCAAAAAAUGGAUGAUUCGCGAGAUAUAAAGAUUUAAAAAGAAACUCCUUACCCUGAUUAAUGUGUGACGUCACCAGGAAAAAUCCUUCUCUUUAAUAAUCUGGGAAAUACGACAUUUGCCCUUCAAAGACACGUCGAGGUUUUUAACGAUUAUUUUGCCAACAUGCCGCGGCGAUGUGUCCUUGAGGCUUGCAGCAACACAUCUCCACGUGGUGUCAUUCUCCUUAACCGACCAGCAGAUAAAAAAGAGUCUCCAAAUUGGGC